CGAAAUCAUUAAAAUAAAGCAGUUCGUUUUUCAUAUUCACGACAGAUAUCAUGUAUUGCAGAUUUCAAGCGGUUUUAGUGUUGUAUAGCGUGGUUUCGAAAGGACUUACUUUUGAUGUUACAGACGAGCCAUGCGAUGCAUGUGAAUGUUGCAGAUCAUCAAAGUGUGCGAGUGCAACUCGAGGAGAAGAGUAUCACCCCAAUGUGUGUUUGGACGGCUGCCUGCCAGACUACUGGGGCCUUAACUGCACUUCUAGAUGUCCGGAACACUGUCAGGAAUGCGACCAAACCCUAGGCUGCGUGAAAUGCAUUCCUGGGUUCACCGGCCCAAACUGCAGCACUCAGUGCUCUCGGAGCAACUGCUUCUGCAACACGACGAAAGAAUGUGUCUCUUGUCCAACAGGAUUUCAUUUGCAGGGCGGCGAGUGUCUUUCGUGCCGUCGGGGCUGUCGUAGCUGCUCCUCGUACUUUCGAUGUGACCUUUGUCAGCCUGGUAGAUUCGGCGCAUCUUGUGAUCGAAUCGUUAAUGUAACGAAUCAUUGCUACGUGAGAGAAGGGUAUUACGAACAGUACUGCUUGUCAUGUGAAAAUGGCUAUUACAACACCACGUCAGCAUACAACUCCGUAUGCCCCUCAGCAUGCAUUUCCUGCGAAUCGCGGUCAAAUUGUACAUCUUGCGCCGACGGUUUUUACGGAAUAUUUUGUCAAUUUAAAUGCGGCGCAGGCUGCAGGAAAGGGAGUUGCGAUAAAAUCACAGGAUUUUGCCGGUGUAAUACGAAUUUUAUUGGCCAUAAAUGUGAACGAUGCGUUAAUGGAAAAAUAGGUAGAAAUUGUAACAAUUCAUGUCCAACGCAUUGCAUUUCAUGUCAUGAUAGUCAGUGUCUUGAGUGUAAAAGAGGUUGGUAUGGCGAUCAAUGCCAAAAUGCGUGUUUAAAGCAUUGCACUUCAUGUCAUAAUGCCCAUCAAUGUCCAGCCUGCGUUCAAGGCUACCACGGAGUUCAAUGUCAAUAUAAAUGUGAGAUAGGUUGUGAACUCGAGCAAUGCAAACAAAGUAAUGGUUCUUGCUCUUGUAAACCAAAUUUCAUCGGCGCAAAAUGUGACCAGUGUAUUUUAGGAAAGUAUGGUCCGUUAUGCCAAUUUGACUGCCCACACGGUUGUUUGAACCAGUGCAAUAGAAACACUGGCCGAUGUGAUAAAUGCCUGCCGGGCACCUUUGGUGAAAAAUGUGAAUCCCUUUGUCCUGGUAAUUGCAAUGGUCCAUGUGACAAGAAGAGUGGUUCUUGUAGAAAUUGCUUAGGAGAAUACACCGGAAUACAUUGCGAUCAGGUAUCGCCCGCUCCCGCAAAUAACCCGUGUAGAGAGACCUGCAAGUCCAACAUUUGUGACCCCGACACGGGUUAUUGCAAGCUUGGCUGCAUGCCAAACUACUUCGGCCCAAAAUGUGAAUAUGUUUGUCCCAUAAAUUGCUCUUCCAGCCAACUCUUCCUUAGAUGUUCUGACGACAAUCGCGGUUGUGACUGGGAAUGCGUUAUCAGAGUGUCCUCUGCAGCCUGUUAUGAAGAUCUACACAGUGACACAAGCAAUCAGACACUUGAUGAUGGACAGGGUAAUAUUCCUGCACUUGCAACUCUAGGCGCAAUCCUAGGCGUCACUGCCGUAGCAAUCAUCGUAUUAGGUGUUCUGAAGUAUAAGCGGAUAUUGAAAACAUGUUCUUGAAGAAAGCUUUUUGAACAAAGGCAAGAGGAUGAACAGGAGUGUCAUAUCAAUAAUACGCAACCAAACCAUUUAUAUGCAUCAUAUCAAGGCGGUGUUGCAACCACUACACGGCAAGACAGAUGUUCAAUAUCAAGUCAUUUGACAUCCUCAGGGACCUACGUGGAUGGUCGCUUACCGAUGAAAGGAGGUACAAACGAUAUAUGCGAACAGCUCGCAGAUGAAUCCAAAUCCUAAAAGCGUGGUUUUAAAAUAGCAAAAAUAUUCGUUUAUUAACUUUAUUCUGAUGAACAUGUAUGAAAAUACAAAAACAUCAUUCAAACAUUUUCCUUUGAUAUAAUAUGAUAUGGAUCAAGUAGCUUCGAAGUUAAUAAUUUUAAUCAUACAUUAAUAUGUGUGUGUAUGUGUGUGUUCUUGCAUGUUCAACCAUUUUACUGCAAGUAUUCA